UACACUCCCAAUCAUUCUACUUUCCUCAUUGAGUUUCCUUUCUCUCAUCUUGGCUUUCCUCUACAUUCCUCAUGGCUCUCUUUCUCUCACUUCUCCUCAUUCUAAUGUUUCCCUCAACCAAUGCUGACUGGCCACCUUCUCCUGGCUACUGGCCAAGCUCUAAAUUUAGGCCUAUGAGCUUUUAUAACGGGUUUAGAAAUCUUUGGGGUCCUGGCCAUCAAAGUGCAGACCAAAAUGCAUUAACAAUCUGGCUUGACAGAACUUCAGGGAGUGGAUUCAAGUCAGUUCGCCCUUUUCGUUCUGGCUACUUUGGAGCUUCUAUUAAGGUCCAGCCUGGCUACACUGCAGGGGUCAUAACAGCUUUCUAUCUAUCAAACAAUGAAGCUCAUCCAGGAUUCCAUGAUGAAGUGGACAUAGAGUUCCUUGGAACUACAUUUGGGAAGCCUUAUACUUUACAGACCAAUGUGUAUAUUAGAGGGAGUGGAGAUGGAAAAAUCAUUGGAAGGGAGAUGAAGUUCCAUCUGUGGUUUGAUCCAACCCAAGAUUUUCAUCACUAUGCCAUUUUUUGGAGUCCUAAAGAGAUCAUAUUCCUAGUGGAUGAUGUGCCCAUAAGAAGGUAUCCAAAGAAGAGUGCUGCAACAUUUCCUCUAAGGCCAAUGUGGGUGUAUGGUUCAAUAUGGGAUGCCUCAUCAUGGGCAACUGAAGAUGGAAAAUACAAAGCUGAUUACAGAUACCAACCAUUUGUUGCAAAGUACACCAAUUUCAAAGCCAACGGCUGCUCUGCCUAUGCACCGGCAUGGUGUCGCCCAGUCUCCGCCUCGCCUUUCCGGUCCGGCGGGCUAACCAGGCAACAAUAUAGAGCAAUGAGAUGGGUUCAAAGAAACCAUAUGGUCUAUGACUAUUGCAAGGACCCCAAAAGAAACCAUGCCUUAACCCCGGAGUGUUGGAGCUAGUGAACUCCUGAAACAGUUUCGAUUAGAAUUUUUACUUCACUUGUGAAUUUUACUAGUUUGUCCGCUUGUUUCUUUGGUGUCUUGAGAUGGAUCCCACUUGCCAACAAUAUUGAUGCAAGGUUAGUUGAGCGUCCAAGGCUCCAAACAAAGGAAAAAGGAAAAACAGAAGGAUUUGUGUAUUUUUGUUGUGGUGCUCUCUUGGUGUAUAUCAGCUUGGAAAAAAUACAAAAAGGAAGAAGAAAUAUAUAUAUAUAAUAAAAGAGAGCGGGGAGAAUGGGAUGAUGAAGCCAGGGAUACACGGGGUCAUGGGGUUCGAGUGUGUUGUUUCAAUCGUCAUUUCUUAAUAAAGCAAAAGUUAUUCUUUUCAUGUUA